AUGUCCCUGCCAGUCGCAUCCUUGAUGUCCGAUGGCCAUAUUGUGGCGAUGACAGGGGACGGUGUCAACGAUGCACCGGCCUUGAGGAAUGCCGAUGUGGGUGUAGCCAUGGGCAUCACCGGGACGGCUGUCACCCAAAACGCCAGUGAUCUCGUGCUCAUGGACGAUAACUUCUCCACCAUCGUUCUGGCCAUUGAAGAAGGCCGCCGAAUCUUCCUCAACGUGCAGAAGUACGUCACCGCCAAUCUCAGCCUGAAGUUUGGGGAGAUGGUCAGCUUAAUGAUCUCCAUCGCCCUGGGCGUCGUCGUACCACUGAAGCCCACGCUGCAGCUGCUGAACCUGGCGGUGACACACGUGCUCUGCACAGUGUCCUACGCUUUCGAGGAGGCGGAGGACUACAUCAUGAAGGUUCCACCGCGGGAUGCGAAGACGAGCAUGGUGCUCACUCGACCUCUCUUGCUUUUGAGAUGGCUGCCAUUUGUUCUCUAUUUCCCAGCAGUCGUGUAUGGCUCCCUGUGCUUCGGCACGUUGGGUCUCACGGGCACCGUCUGGAAUGAAGUACUUGUCGGCAGCACUGGCAUCCACGACCUGGAGCGAGGUCGUGCUAUUUGUGAGCAUGCUGGCUGGGAGCUCGAAGGAGGCGAGUACAAAAGAGACAGCCGGCCCUUCCACUGUCGCUGCAAGGUGAACCAGGAGGGCAACCCACUGCGGCCCUCUGAGAUGCUAGACCAAUGGGGCACUACUCAGGCCGUGGACCUUGGGCACGGCUACGAUCCCCUCAAGCAUGCCGACGCCUUCUCUCUUCGCCAACCCGAUUGGAGGGGCUCACCUAGCCAAGCAGUCCGGCACUGUCCGAGCCCACAGAACGCAGAGCGCUGGUGCUGGCAGGACACUAUCCCCGAAUCGCGACGCCCGGUGCUUCCUGUGGGAGCGAGCUGUGCUGAGUAUGGUACCAAGGUCGGACAAACAAUGGCUCUUGUUACCAUCAUGUUGGGCGAGCUUCUCACACUGAUGAGCUUCCGGACUGACGGCUUCUUUCUCUUCGCCCUCUUCCGAAAUCCCUGGUACAACGCCCUCUUCAUCCUGAAUGUCUCUGUGAUGCUCACGUUUGUGUACAGGCCGGCGUUUUCGGACGAGCUGGAGCUGGUGCCCCUCAGCACCGGGCACUUGAGUGCUGCAUUGGGCUUCGCUGGGUCGCUCGUGGUCUUGAAUGAAGUUACCAAAUUCUUCUAUCGGUGGCACCUAUCUGCUGUGAACGAAGCGCUGGAGCGGGAGGCGCUGGCCCAAGCCAAGGGUUUGGCUGGGCAGGAAGAUGAGCUCAAGGGUGAUCCCGAACCGUGA